AUGUUCUUCGCACCUGAUAUGCUCUCUAAGCGGGGUCCGCUGGCCAAGGUGUGGCUGGCGGCUCAUGUGGAGAAAAAAGUCUCGAAGACUCAAACUCUUCAAACUUCAAUCCCUAGUACUGUCACCGUCAUACUUGAUCCUGGAUCUACCUCGACUCAGUCUGAUGGAUCAGCACCCCCGCUUGCCCUCCGUCUUUCUGGGCAACUCUUGCUCGGUAUAACUCGGAUCUAUGGCAAACAGGCUAAAUAUCUCCUUGAAGAUUGUUCUGAGGCCUCUGACCAGAUUCGGGCCGCGUUUCGCGCUGCGCUCACCGCAAAGAUUGGUGGGGCAGAUCGUACAGGAAUUGAUAUGUUGCCUGAAGGCGGAGAUCCCCAAAAUGCUAUCAAUUUAAGAACAACAAGGCGGAACGUGUUCGACUUUGAGCUGGAGUUUGGGGGCGACUUUGACGGGUUUGGUGAUGCAUGGGAAGCUGACCAGUUCCUUGAUCCCGAAAGCCAGCGUCCAGCGGCUCGGACAACUGCGAAUAUCGCGGAUAUAACCUUGCCUGAACACGAUGGAAUGAUGCAUAGUGGUGCACGGUAUGGGGACGUAGGCGAUGCUAUGGAUCUUGAUCUGGGGUUAGGUGCCUCAGGUGGUCUUCAAGACUUUGGUGAUGAGGCUGGUCUCGACCUCGGCCUCGAUUUCGAUUUCGAUCAGCCUACCGAAAUUGAUGGGGGCAACCAGACAACAAGAGGUACCAAACGGCGCGCACCGGAUGAUGAGGAUGAAGAAGGACUUGCGAACCAAACUAUCGAUUCGGAAGUCGGACGAGACGCACCAGGCAUAUUCGACCGUCGCAGUGCGCGAGAUUCUUUGGCUUUGGAUCAAAGUGACAUACAUCUCAGUGAUAAGAUGGAUGGUCAUGGCGGUAGCGUGGUCGAUGGUGAUAUCACUAUGGACCUUGAUCCAGGAUUUGAAAAUACGGGGUUUGCAGGCGCUGAAGACACUUUUGCUGGGCCUGGCUCUGACCCGGGCCUUUUUGGCCUUGACGGUGAUCGCACACCCCAAGCGCAUCGAUCACGCGAACACACACCAACCCCUCAUCCUCAGGCGGAAAACCAGAAUCCGCUGCUCGGUUCCAUUGAGGUCACUCCGCGAACCUCACAUCGCCUUGCUCAGCUACAAUCUCCUAUCCGUCCUGCUGGUGCUGGGAAUGAUGCUCUACCAUCCGAAGGCACGGCAAAGAAACCACCCACGAAGAAAGCGAAGACCCAACUAGUCGACACAGUUACAGAACUGGAAGGAAAUGGCUUGGGUCGAACCGGCGGAAUGGGCUCUCAAGGUGGAAGUCAGAACAUGGGUGCUACAACAUCUCGAGCUGACAAGAUCGCAGCUGGUCUUUACCUCGAACCCAACUACUUGCCCAAGAAUCGAUAUGAGCUUGCUUGCCUUGAAAUCCGCCUGAACCCUCGCCAAAAUCGCUAUUUGCCGAAGACGGUGACCGAAGGUGGCUCACAAUGGCUACUAGCUGCACCUCCUGGAAUUUGUGCAGAGUUGACAGACUUGUUCAAGUUUCCUGCACCAGCUGCCCAUGCACCAACACGAGCCGGGCGAAGCCGAUUACUCGAAGAUGACCCUGUAAGGGGAGAUACCGAGCAAGGCCAAAUGACGAGGAGUAGAAGUAUGGAGAGUGAAUUGGGCAGACGGCGCGAGGAGGGACUGGGAGAAGGCGAAACAACCGGGAUGAUGAUGGGUCUGGAAGAUGGGCAAAUGUUCGAAGAGGAGUUCAGGUUUGAGAUGCAGAGUAAUCCGGAUCAACCAUUAGAUGACGCUCAGUCGAAUCCACGAAGGUCACCUACUGCGGCCGUAGAAGAAGUGUCCCGACCUGCUCGAGCGGAGGGAGAGUCCUCGUUGCUCGAUUUAUUUGAUGAACUAUCUGACACCCAAUUAACACAAUCUAGUAUUAAGGAGAGUUCAACCCAAGAUGGUUCUAAGGGCUCUACAACCAAAUGGAGUAAAAAUACUGUCAAGGCUUUGAAGGUGUUGAAAAGCCAAUUCGUCGAACAUGAUGAAGAAGACCUCAAUGAAGAGGGUGGAAAUAAAAAGAUCAGCUUUGAAAAAGUAUCUGAGAAGGCUACGAAACGAGCAGCAUCAAGCUUCUUCUUUGAGCUGCUGGUACUCACUACAAGAGAUUGUUUGAAACUGGAGCAGACUCGACCAUAUGGACCUAUCGAGGUUGAAAAACAGGAUCGACUUUGGGAAGUGAUGGAACAGGAAGCUAUUUAA